UUAGAAUCUCUUCCUCCACAUUCCUGCCGUGUCGUUGCGCCUCUUCGCCGCGCCGUCCAGCGGCGGCGCUGUCCCCCAGUCGGCAGAGUGAACUCUACAUCCACGAAGAAGAAGUUCUCCGGAAGCUACUUGUGGCGAGCACGCGGUGCGUCCGGCCUUUCCGACAGCGCAGAGAGAAGAAGAUGGCCAAGAUCAAGGCGCGAGACCUGCGGGGCAAGAAGAAGGAAGAGCUGCUGAAGCAGCUGGACGACCUGAAGAAUGAACUGUCCCAGCUCCGCGUGGCCAAGGUGACCGGCGGGGCCGCGUCCAAGCUCUCCAAGAUGUACGUGCACACACAGACACACUCUCUCACACAGACACACACACACUCUCCAGUCAUCGGUGUGAUCUGUCCAGGCAAGAAGUACAAGCCCCUGGACCUGAGACCCAAGAAGACCCGCGCUCUGCGCCGCCGGCUCAACAAGCACGAAGAGGGUCUGCGGACCAAGAAGCAGCAGAGGAAAGAACUCCUCUACUCCAUUCGCAAAUUUGCAGUCAAAGCUUAGAGGCUUUUUCUAUUGACUAAAUAAAAUCUGUGUAAAAAGUC